UGCUUUUUAUUCUUUAAAAGACACUAAUCCGACAAGACUACACCUCAUCCGGCCUUUUAGUGAAUCUUGGGGUAAUCUAUAGACUAUAAUAAUACCUAACCACUAAAGAAAAUGUAAAUUAUUGAUCUGAGAUGUUUUCUCAGAUCGCUGGGAGCCACCUCUUGACCUGCUCUCAAUACCUUUUGUCAAUUCAAGCAAUUCAAGCAUCCCGGGGUCCUUGAAUUCCUGGUGCAUAAGACUGCUUCAUCGGUCAUCACCAGAUUUUAAAACCGAGUAGAAUACAAGAGAACUGUAUCAAUUGAGAUGGGAAUCUGUGUAUCCACUGCUUCUGCAGAGACCCACGAAGUUGAUGGUGGCAAUGAAAAUCUGGUGCGCAUCCAAGAUGCUCUACAAAAUAACAGAAUUCUUAGGCUUGAUUCUCUUCAUUCUCAGCAAGGGAAUAAAGGACCGAACCAAGAUGCUGCCAUUCUCUACCAGGGAUACGGAACAGAAGAUGGAACAUUUUGUGGGGUGUUUGAUGGGCAUGGAAAGAAUGGCCACGUAAUAAGCAAACUAGUCAGAAAUCGGCUGCCAUCGCUCGUACUAGAUCGGAAGAAUGCUCUCUCAGCGCUGAAUGCGACUGUUAACCAAGACUACGGAGAUCAAGAGGACGAAUUAAGCGAUGAUUUGGUGCCAAACAAGACAUUUCGUGAAUGGAAAGAAGCCUGUCUUAGUGUUUUCAAGGUGAUUGACAAGGAACUUAAGCUUCAUGAGAACUUGGAUUGCUCUUGCAGUGGCACCACUGCAGUAGUCAUCAUAAAACAGGCUGAAGAUCUAGUUAUUGCGAAUCUUGGUGACUCAAGGGCGAUUUUGGGAACCAUGACUGAAGAUGGAUUGGUGGCCGUUCAGCUGACAACUGACUUAAAACCCAGCUUACCCAAAGAAGCAGAACGAAUAAAGAAGAACAGUGGCCGAAUAUUCUCACUGAAAAACGAGCCACACAUUCAGCGUGUGUGGCUGCCCAACGAUAACUUUCCUGGCCUCGCCAUGACACGAGCUUUCGGAGAUUUCAAGCUAAAGAAUCAUGGCAUAAUUGCCAUCCCGGAGAUUACCCAUCAUCGUUUGUCUGUGAAUGAUCAAUUUCUUGUUCUUGCCACCGACGGGGUAUGGGAUGUACUUAGCAUCAAGGAAGUGACAUCUAUUGUGUGGCUUGCAAAGAGUGAAAAGGAAGCAGCAAGAGCAGUGGUAGAUGCAGCUGUUACUGCAUGGAGAAGCAAAUUCCCUACUUCAAAAAUGGACGACUGCACUGUUCUCUGCCUUUUUACAGGAGAAAAGUCAGAAAAUGCAAUUCCAACAAAUCUUAUCUAAAGAGAGCUGACCUUUGCAUUUUUUUUGCACAAGCCCAAGGUUGAGACUUGAGGGAUCAAUGCUGUUGCUGCCAUUUGGUCAGAUAGCCAUGCCAUGACAUCAUUAUUAUUAUUUCUUAGAAAUGUCAUGGGCCCCCUUCCCCUGAAUGGAUUGAUCGUGAUGAGCUACUGACAGUCACAUUGCUAAGCAUAUAUAUAUUACAGAAAUACACUAGCUAGAAAUUGAUUGCCUAGACUCGGAAUUCACUACACAACACCAAGAGAAGCUUCAUUAGCUACUACAAAUCUCACCCCUUAUCACACUCUCAAAGCUUGCUCUUUUUUAAUUUAGUGUCCCUGCCGCAUCCUGUAUUUGCUUAAAUGCCUAUGAUUCAAAUUUGGAAGAUCAAAAUAUGGCCGUCGACGCACCUUGUUGGAAAUCCAAUCCGUCUUCUUUGUUUA